AUGUGGAAGAUAACAAACCUGCCUACCAGCGGCACGCCUAACUCACAGCGCUCGUCAACCAGCACAACGACCGUACCUUCAACCGCAAAAACUUCCCCCCACAAGCCACCCAGCACACCACCAACGCCAUUCCUGCGCUCGAGAUCAGAAGUCCGCUUCGCUCUGGACCCCGACUUCCCCGUCGACUCUGAAGGCGAAAAGCCCGUCCAGCCUCUACCACCAUCGAUCGCACAGCCCAGCCCGUCUCCAAACAACGUCCACUUCUCGCCCAACCCGAAACACUGCUACCGCGCCGUCGACACCCCGCCGCCCCCCAACCCGUCAAACAUCCGCUUCGCGGCCGAUCCGAACGACUGCUACCGUCUCGCUCCGCGCCAAUUCCGGCUCCCCACCCACCCGAACGAGCGCGAGGACGGAGCGUCUAUUCCAUUGAGGGGACAGUACGUCACCGUCUUGACCGAUGACCCCGACGAUGUAGAUCUGAUCAACGACCCACCGCCCGGACUCGACGAUGAUACAGCGACCGCGAUGCGUCGGUUUGCCUGGGCGUACGUGAAGGGGUUGGGAGGGCUGGUGAUGGGUGUGAUGGAUGGGUUGGCGAGGGGGACGGGAGGAGAGGGGGCCCGGGCGACGUAUUUGACCUACGGUGCUGUCGCGUACGAGGGGCGCGGAAGGUGA